AUGUUUGUACUUUUUAUUUUUCUAGCUGGUAUUAUUUGCUCGAAUGGCAUAAACGAAGAUUGCUUUAUCAAAGGCCUACGGGGCGUUUGUCAACCGCUAAAGGUUUGUCAUCAUCAGGCAUUAGAUUUGCUUUCAGACGAUGACGUGAACUUUUGCCAAUUUGACGAGUCCGAAAUUCACAUUUGUUGUCCUGAUAAAUUUAGAAAACCCACAAGAAAACCUACAAGACCUUCUACGUCUAAGGGUCUGGAUCGACGACACAAACGACCACAGAAUCAAGAACUGCCUCUCUUUAGAGUACCUGAGCAAGACCCAUCAGAACCUAGUUAUACGACGAAAAAACCAUAUCGGUUUUCUAUUUUACCGAGUAACGAUAUACCACUAAGUGUAAAAAAAUGUAAAGCCUACUAUCCAAAAAAGGAUGUUGGAAUAUUUGUGACAGGUGGAACUAAGUCCCUUCCAAAACAAUAUCCACAUAUGGCCCUUAUAGGGUUUGGACCUGAAGAUACUAAAGAAUGGUUAUGUGGCGGUUCACUGAUUAGUGAUCGUUUUGUCUUAACUGCAGCACAUUGUCUAGAAUCCCGUGAAUAUGGAAAAGCCAAAUGGGUACGUUUAGGCGACUUAGACAUUUCUUCCGAUAAAGACGAGGCUGAUCCACAAUGUUUUAAAAUACUUAAAAGAUUACCUCAUCCUAACUAUUUGCAAUCUUUAAAAUAUAACGAUAUUGCGCUUAUACAACUCGACAAACGCAUUCAUCGUUCUCCAUUUGUCUAUCCAGCUUGUUUACAAUCUAAAAGAUUAACUCAUGAACCAAAUAUGACAGCUUCUGGCUGGGGAAAAACAGAAUUUUCUGGAGAAAGUAGUAACUUUUUGCUACAAGUGGAUUUAAGAGAAGUCGGGACAAAAGAAUGUAACAAUUUAUAUAGUGAUAUAAAGACUUCCUAUCUUCCAAAUGGUAUUAAUGGCGAUAUGAUGAUAUGUGCUGGAGGAGAAGUAGGGAAAGAUACGUGUCAAGGGGAUUCAGGUGGCCCACUUCAAGUCAAAAACAGAUAUAAAAAUGUUUCGGAUACAGGCUUCACGAUAAUUGGAAUCACAUCUUUUGGUAAAGCAUGCGGUAUUACUAGGAGCCCAGCAGUAUACACAAGAGUUUCAUAUUACUAGACUGGAUUGAAAGCAUUGUGUGGCCUGAGGAAUACAAAAAAGCACACCCAACAUUCAGACCAAAGUAG